AUUUUUAUUUAAGCCAUCUGGGACACAAUUAGCUACGGGUAGUUAUGAUGGUUAUGCACGUAUAUGGUCAUCAGAUGGAAAUUUAGUUAGUACACUUGGUCAACAUAAAGGACCAAUAUUUGCAUUAAAAUGGAAUAAAAAAGGAAAUUUUAUUUUAUCAGCUGGUGUUGAUCGUACAACGAUAAUAUGGGAUGCAAAUUCUGGUCAUUGUGAACAACAAUUUUCAUUUCAUACAGCACCAGCACUUGAUGUUGAUUGGCAAUCAGAUACAACAUUUGCAUCAUGUUCAACAGAUCAAAAAAUUCAUGUUUGUCGAUUAGGUGAAUUACGACCUAUUAAAACAUUCCAUGGACAUCAAAAUGAAGUUAAUGCUAUUAAAUGGGAUCCACAAGGACGUUUACUUGCAUCAUGUUCUGAUGAUAUGACAUUAAAAAUCUGGAGUAUGACAAAAGACACACCUGUUCAUAAUUUACAAGCACAUAAUAAAGAAAUUUAUACAAUUAAAUGGAGUCCAACUGGUCCAGGAACAAUGAAUCCAAAUGCAACAUUACUUUUAGCCAGUGCAUCAUUUGAUUCAACUGUACGUUUAUGGGAUGUUGAACGUGGUGCUUGUCAAAAUAUACUUGUUAAACAUUCAGAACCUGUUUAUUCAGUUGCAUUUAGUCCUGAUGGUCGUCUAUUAGCAACUGGUUCAUUUGAUAAAGCAAUUUAUAUUUGGGAUAUAGCUCGAGGAGAAAUUGUUCAUAGUUAUCGAGGUACAGGUGGUAUAUUUGAAGUUUGUUGGAACAGUCGAGGUACUCGUGUUGGCGCAAGUGCUUCCGACGGAACAGUGUGUGUACUCGAUCUACGUAAAUAA